CACUUUUUACGGGGUGUGAAGCUAAAGAUAUCAAAAGCCGUAUCCCUUGUUGUUUGACCCCCUUUGAAACAACCGUUUAUCUGGUAAUUCCGGCAAGAUUUUACACCAUAAAAAAAUUGAGUUUCUUAAACCCUUAAAAUCAGAAUUUUGUGAAGUAGAAGAAAUCAAAUAGAUUCAACACACAAAAACCCUCAAUGUGAUGUGGGUACUUCACUCUCUCUCCCCCCAAAUUAUCCAACCAUCAAUCUCAUUUUUACCCGUCAAACACAGACCUUCUUCCUCCAUUAAUGCUCAACAACCCAGAAAUUUAAUCACUAAUCUACAAUCUUCAACCAAAACAUCCAUUGAAAUUACCAAUAAAAACCCUUUGAUUCAGUCAUUAUGCAAGAAAGGCGAUCUCAAACAAGCUCUGCAACUUCUUUCUUCAGAACCAAACCCUACCCAACAAACUUACGAGCAAUUAAUCCUCUCAUGUUCAAUCCAAAAGUCAUUUCCCGACGCUUUUUAUGUUCAUCGAAACCUUCUUAAUAAUGGGUUUGAUCAAGAUCCUUUCUUGGCUACUAAAUUGAUUGAUAUGUAUUCAGAAUUGGAGUGCGUUGAUUAUGCACGCCAAGUGUUCGAUAAAAUUCCUAGGAGAACUAUUUUUGUUUGGAAUGCCAUUUUGCGUGCUCUUACAUUGGCUGGAUAUGGGAUUGAGGCAUUGGGUCUUUAUAGGGAGAUGAAUAGGAUAGGGGUGCCCUGUGAUAGGUUUACUCAUACUUAUGCACUUAAGGCUUGUGUGGUUACUGAAUCAAUGACUUUGUUGUUGAAGAAAGGGAAGGAAAUUCAUGGCCGGAUUUUGCGUCAUGGGUAUGAAACCCAUGUGCAUAUUAUGACAACUUUGUUGGAUAUGUAUGCUAAGUUUGGGAAUGUGUUGUAUGCGAGCUAUGUUUUCGAUGGGAUGCCGGGAAAGAAUGUGGUUUCAUGGAGUGCUAUGAUUGCUUGUUAUGCUAAAAAUGAGAGGCCUUUUGAGGCAUUGAAUCUUUUUCAUGAGAUGGUGCAUGAGAUUAGUGAAUUUUCGCCUAAUUCGGUAACUAUGGUUAAUGUGGUUCAAGCUUGUACUGUUCUUGCAGCUUUGGAACAAGGCAAGCUAAUGCACUGUUAUAUAUUAAGAAGAAAUCUCGAUACGAUAUUGCCAGUUACUAGUGCCCUUAUAGCUUUGUAUGCUAGAUGUGGGAAACUUGAGUUGGCUCAGAAGAUUUUUGACCAGAUGGAUAAGAGGGAUGUUGUUUCGUGGAAUACGUUGAUUUCUAGUUAUGGGAUUCAUGGUUUUGGUAUGAAGGCUGUUCGUAUUUUCCAGGAAAUGUUAAAUAGAGGGAUUAAACCCACAGCCAUCUCUUUUGUGAGUGUAUUAGGAGCUUGUAGCCAUGCAGGACUUGCUGAUGUAGGGAAAAGGUUGUUUGAUUCAAUGGUUGAGCAACAUGGGAUUUCUCCCAGUGUAGAGCACUAUGCAUCCCUAGUGGAUCUACUAGGGCGUGCCAAUCGAUUAUAUGAAGCUGCCAAAGUCAUACAAGGCAUGAAGAUUGAGCCUGGACCAAAAGUUUGGGGUUCUCUCCUUGGCUCAUGUAAGAUUCAUUGCAAUGUUGAGCUUGCAGAGAGAGCAAGCACUCAGCUGUUUAAGCUUGAACCUACCAAUGCUGGAAAUUAUGUUUUGUUGGCUGAUAUUUAUGCAGAAGCUAGAUUGUGGGAUGAGGUGAAGAGAGUGAAGCAGCUUUUAGAAGCUCAGGGAUUACAGAAGGUGUCUGGACGGAGUUGGAUUGAAGUGAGAAGGAAAAUCUACUCGUUCAUGUCAGUCGAUGAGCUUAACCCUCAAAUCGAGCAAAUUCAUGCUCUCUUGGUUGAGCUUUCUGGGGAGAUGAAGCUACAGGGGUUUUUCCCACAGACUAAACUUGUUCUCUAUGAUCUUGAUGAGAAGGAGAAGGAACGGAUCCUCUUAGGACACAGCGAAAAACUUGCAGUUGGGUUCGGACUCAUAAAUACAAGCAAGGGCGAAACCAUAAGGAUCACUAAGAACUUAAGAUUAUGUGAAGAUUGUCAUACUAUGACCAAGUUUAUCACCAAAUUUACUGGCAGGGAGAUUAUGGUUCGGGAUGUUAAUCGCAUUCACCAUUUUCGUGAUGGAGUUUGUUCUUGCGAAGAUUACUGGUAGUCUCAUGUCGAAUUGUGCUGAUUUAUUUAUACCUUAACAACAUAAAGACUUCUCAGUUGGAGCAAGAGAAAUUUUAUAUGUUGUACAGAAACCACACAAAAUUAAACAAACUAUAGAUUUAUUUCCUGUU